AUGUCUCACACGGAGAGAAUGACUCGUUCGUUGUUCGUAUCUAGACUUUCUCGCCGGACGACUGUUGAAGACCUUGAACCAAUCUUUAAAGAGUUUGGCCGACUCAAAGACGUAUCCUUAAAGACUUUUCUUCUCAAGCAAGAUCAAAGUGUUACGUCUGCCGGAGGAAUUCAAGUUUUAUCACCAAAGAAUUUAUACUACGAUGAACGCGACUGUGAAGAAGCAUAUAGACGUGCAGCUACUGUCUUUCUACAUGGUCGAGAAUUAACUGUGGAAUUUGCCCGUGGAUCUCGAAAGAGUUGGUGUUUCCCGUUAAAUAUUGGUUGUUUUGAAAAGUCUGUAUUUUUUUAUAACUCAAACAUUUCAGCUCCAAGAGAAAUGAGAGGCAAAGACAGUAAUAGGUAUUCGCCACCAAGGCGAAGUCGAUACACUCCUGAAAACUCUUAUAGACCGAGACGAUACAGUCGUAGUCCUAGCCGACAUCGCAGCAGAUCUAGAACGGAUUACAGGAGAUAUGAUUAUGAAGAGGAUAGAAGACGUACGAGUCGAUAUCGUUCUCGCUCAAGGACGUUGUCUCGCACACCACCAGAACGCCGCAAAAGGUCAGGACAAGUAAAUGGUCAUCCUAAAUCUCGAUCCAGAUCUCCUCGUGGUGUUCAAGCACCUGUAGAGGAAAAAGAGACAGCUACGUAG